UCUGUAAAGACCCUGAUUGAUCGGUCCUGCUUUGAGACAAUUGAUGAUUCUUCUCCUGAAUUUAAUAAUUUUGCAGCUAUUUUGGAACAGAUUCUAAGUCACCGGCUAAAAGAGAUUUCCCAAAGUUGCAGAUGGCUGGCUCAUCUCCAAAUACCUCUUCAAGGUCAAGUAACCUGGUUUGGUUAUGAAAGUCCUCGUAGCUUCUGGGACUAUAUCAGAGUGGCUUGCCGGAAAGUUUCACAGAAUUGUAUCUGCAGCAUUGAAAAUAUGGAAAAUGUCAGUUCCUCUAGAGCUAAGGGUAGAGCCUGGAUCAGAGUUGCACUCAUGGAAAAACAUUUAUCUGAAUACAUCUCUACAGCUCUGAGAGACUUCAAAACAACCAGAAGAUUUUAUGAAGAUGGAGCAAUUGUCUUGGGUGAGGAAGCAAAUAUGCUUGCUGGCAUGCUGCUUGGGCUCAAUGCUAUUGAUUUCAGCUUCUGCCUAAAGGGAGAGGGACUGGAUGGAUGCUUUCCUGCUGUAAUAGACUACACACCAUAUUUGAAGUUUACCCAAAGCUCUGACAGUAUCAGCAGUGAUGAGGAGGAGCUGAGGACGCUGGGAAGCAGUGGCAGUGAGAGCAGCUCUCCUGAGAACGUGGGGCCUCCUUUCAUCAUGGACGAGAAUACGUGGUUCAACAAGUGUAAGAGAGUUAAACAGAAGUAUCAGCUCACCCUGGAACAGAAGGCUUAUCUUGAAGAACUCUUACGACUUCGAGAGAACCAGCUGUCUGAAUCUGUCUCCCAGAAUAAAAUACUACUACAAAGGAUUGAAGAUUCUGAUCUGGCCCAUAAAUUGGAAAAGGAACAAUUAGAAUAUAUAAUUGUGGAGCUGCAAGAUCAGUUGACUGUGCUAAAGAAUAAUGAUUUAAGAUCAAGACAAGAGUUAACUGCCCACCUCACCAACCAGUGGCCUUCCCCAGGAGCUCUGGAUGUCAAUGCUGUUGCCUUGGAUACGUUGCUUUACCGAAAACACAAUAAACAGUGGUAUGAAAAAAGUUAUCAAAAUCUUGACCAGUUUUCAGCUGAAGUUAGCCUUUCUCAGACUUCCCUGGACCCAGGUCAGUCACAAGACGAUGGAAAACAAGACACGUUAAAUUCAAUCAGUGAAGGUAAAGAAGACACUCCCUCCUUACUUGGUCUCUGUGGGUCUCUAACAUCAGUGGCAAGUUACAAAUCUCUAACUAGCCUCAAAUCCAAUGACUGUCUUGCAAGUCCUACAGCAGAGAUGACAAGUCCAGGCCUAACUCCAUCCUGAAAAAUUUAAUGUAAAAGCCAAAAUAUUUUAUGUUGCAGAAGUUCUAUUACAUAAGUUUGACUGCUGGGAAAACCUUUGGAAUUUUAUAUUGUUCUGGCAUAUAUGUGGAGUUCUGUUGUUUCUAGUUCAAUCUACUCCAUGAAAACUGAAUGGAAAAAAAAAGAUCUUGCCAUUUUUUUCAUUAAAAAAUUCUUAUAUUUGUCACUGAGAAAGUUUAAAAUGAAUAGGCCUAACAUUUUUUUCAAAGAUCCUCAAAAUUAAUAAUCAUUUGCAAAUUGUACAUACUUAUUCAGUCGAUUUUCAUAUAUUUAAAUGUAUCAUAAUUGCCAGAGACCGAGUUCAAGGUUUUAUUUCAGAGACUUUAGGCAAGUAUUUUCUUUCCUUUUUAAUUCAAUGAUUCAAAUUUCUAAAAAUGACUUAAUAAUUUCACUUUUCAUUAAUUUCUUCCUAUGUUCUCAUGUUAAAAGCCUUGUUUUUAAUAUGAGGAGAAUGUUUUCAGCUGCAGUUUGACAGUGGCUUAUUCAAUUUUUCUUUAACAAUCAUCAUUUGAUAUCAACUUAGCAUUCCACUUAACAUUUUAUAUAUUUUGUAGGAAUGUGCCUUUAGGCAGUUACUAAAUUUGUUAGGGUCAUAGGGAAAGUAUUUUACAGUAUUUUAGGCCAUUUAGGUAAAAUGAAUAAAAUUUCUUAUCUUUGUUUCUCCAAAAUUUU